GCAAUGUCUUCAAGAGAUUGGUAGACACUGUCAUGGAAGUUACUUUACUGUGUGGAAAUUCCUAAUGAGAAGAAAGUGACUACCCAGACCCCUGCAUGCAGCCAAAUCUUCAAAAUUCAGAAUUCAGAUCAUCUACCCAAGGGGUUUUUACCUUGCUGAAAGUAUAUUGGACAACUGUUGACUUGAAAGCUGCUUUUAGGAUGUCUGAAGAUGAGGAAAAAGUUAAACUCCGCCGAAUCGAACCUGCAAUUCAGAAAUUCAUUAAAGUGGCAAUUCCAACAGAUUUGGAAAGGUUAAGAAAACACCAGAUAAAUAUUGAAAAGUAUCAGAGAUGCAGGCUGUGGGACAGAUUGCACGAAGAGCACAUCAACGCAGGACGAACAGUUCAGCAACUCCGUGCCAAUAUGAGAGAGAUGGAGAAACUCUGUUUGCGCGUCCGGCAGGAAGAUAUCCCAGUUCUGCGGAGAAUGAUACAUCCCAUUAAAGAGGAAGCUUCGACUGCCAUUAAAGACUUCCUGCAGCUGCAUUCUGAAUCUGCAGAAGAACUUAAAAGGCAACUCAAAGGACAGGAGGAUGCCUCUUUAACCAGAUCUGCAACUCUAGGAGAAGAAACCUUAUAUAACACGGAAGUGAAGGAUGGCUCCCAAAGUUUGAUCCAGAUCUACUCCCACCUUCCAGAAAUACCUCAGGAAGAAAAUGCAGCUGAGUCCUGGGAAAGUUUAGAAGGGGAUUUGAUUGAGCUCAGCCAGUUGGUGACUGAGUUUUCUGUCUUAGUCUGUUCCCAGCAGGAGAAGAUUGACAGGAUUGAAGACCAUGUCAACACUGCUGCUGCGAAUGUUGAAGAGGGAACCAAAAACUUGGGGAAGGCUGCAAAAUACAAGUUGGCAGCUCUGCCUGUGGCAGGUGCAGUCAUUGGUGGAGUGGUAGGGGGUCCUAUUGGUCUCCUUGCAGGCUUCAAAGUAGCAGGAGUUGCAGCUGCACUUGGUGGUGGGAUUUUGGGCUUCACAGGUGGAAAAUUGAUACAAAGAAAAAAGCAAAAAAUGAUUGAGCAGGUCUCUUCCAGCUGUCCAGAGCUUUCUCACCAAAGUGCCAAAAAAUCCAGCUGAAGUAUAGAUUCAUUAUGGCCAGGAACAACAGUGUAGUAGUUAAGCUAAUGAUGGACUUGCAGCCUUAUGCUUGAUAUACAAGGCUGAGUUGUGUGAAUUUUGGUGACAGUUCUGUUCCUUGGGAGGGCUGAAACAGUCGUGUCCGAAUUUCUCUUUUCAGACAUGGUGACAUCAGUCCUUUGAAAAUUAUAUGGGUAACUUUUAAUUACAUAAUUCGUAGGUAAGCUAUAUUCAUAGCUGUAAUAAUGGGUGACAGGUGCUUCAUGCCAAAUUUGCACAAAGUUUCUUGCAGACAAUGCAAAGAGAUACUUGGAAAAUCCUAGUGCUUUCCCAUGAAUGCCAUGAGAAGCUGGAGCUUUUAUUGUAGUGCUCCAAAGAAAAGGAAAUAAAUGCCAUCAUUCUUUCACUCUCAUAGUACUCUAAAUUUAAUUUAUCUGGAUUCCCAAAGUCUUCCUGUGAUUCCCCAGGAUAUGACUUACUAUAUCUGUUUAAUAAUGCACAGUGAAGCAUAUAUUGUUGUAAGAAAAGGUGACAAUGUUGGGUGAGCAAAGUGGAAAAAAGUUACGUGUAUAUCACAUCUGCCUCCAUCAGCCAUAUCAGAUCAGCACUGGAAGCAGCUUCUCCCCUUUUCUGGCAAGGCAGUUAAUUUGUAAACUCCCCACCUUGCUCAAAGUGUAGUUAUGAAUUAAACAGUCUAAGCAGCAACCCUGCAGCACUGCUACUGGAGGGUUCUAAUUUUCCAUAGCUGUUCAGCUCCUUGGCUUGUCCUGAGAACACCGUACAUGAAAAGCCAAGCUCUGGCAUUGUGAACUUGAAGCCUCACGUUGCUGAAACAGCAUUUACUGCAAGAUGCUGCCUUUGCUUCUCAUGAAGCUCAGAGUGCCCUGGUGGGAGAGCUGAAAAGCUUCCCUGGAAGGCAGCGCUGCAGCCAGGCCCACUCCCACCACAGGCUGUUGUCCCUCACGGUGGUGUGAGACCAUUUCACACUGGCAGUGCCAGCUGGCAGUCCCAGACAUGGGCUUGCAAACGUCAGCCUGAUAGAGGUUAGAGUGUAAAGCACCCUUGUUUGGGCAGCUGCACUCUUACAUUACUCUCCAGUGCCAAACCCUCUGCUUCCACCCACUCUGCAGUGUAGCUGCUCGGCCUCUUCGAGAUUUUGGGACAUGCUGUGGAGCCUGUACAGGAUGAGAUGCUGGCAGUGCUUCUGCUUGCUUUUAAUAGUGGACAUCUGUUAUCUUACCCUCCUUAAGAAGCCUUUUGCUUCUGGAGUUUCUAUUGUUAAAUGCAAAAGUGUUAACGUGUUGUUAUUGUUAAGUAAUUGUACAAUUGUCACCUAAUUUACUGUUACUGGUCCUACCUCCACCCUUUCAGGACACUUCCCGCUCUACUGCUGCUACUGUUUGGGGGAACAGAAACUGAGGUUGGGAAGUUGCUUUUUAAAGUUUUUAGAUUGGUCGAUUCAUCCUGAGCUGUGCUUGAGUUGUUUUCUUAGGUGCACAGUGAAGUCAGUAUUGAGAUAAGGCUCCUUAGAAGGGAACACGGUCCAGGGAAGUGUACUAUAGAAAGAGCUCCCUCUCAAUAACCAGUACUUUGAUAUCAUCACUGGAAAUCACUGUCUGCUAAUGACAGAUGAUGGGGUUUUGUGCCUAGAGACAUUGUAAGCAACUGUUAGUUACAGCACAAAUAACUUCUUCUAAGCAGUGCUUCCUUAUUACUUUUAAAAUACUGAAAUUGCUACCAGCCAGAGCAUUAUGUCUAUUUUAAGUAGGUCUGAGAUUCAGGGAAAAAAUGUGUGGAAGAAUAGUUUUCACAAGUAAUUGCAGACAUUGUCAAAAAUGUAUGUGUUGAAGCCUCGGUGCCUGCACUGUUAAAAUCAGCUGGAGUGCAAAACAUAACCUGAGUAAUUCAGCUCAUUUGCUGCUGACAGGCAACAAGUCCUUUCCUUUCAAUGCAUCUGCUUGGGAGGUAAACACGGUUAAUGAGCUUGUAACAGUUUCAUACUAAGGCUGUUCAUUUAUUUUAUAUUUAUUUUCUACAUUUAAAGGAAGACACUAAGGAAAAAAGUGUUCUUAAGUGGUUGAUUCUUUGUAUGAUUUUCAAAUGCGCCUUCUGCUUUCCUGUGGUAUGCUGUGAAACCUUGUUCAUUUAAAUGACAACAGCUGCAUCUGUGCUGUUGUGGACUCCAUCCUCUCCCCCCAGGCUGGAAUAAGGCCAGGACAAUCCAAAUUCAUAAGACUGAAUUCCUGACCCAGCUUACUCAAAUUCAGCUUGAUGUGCACUCAUUUUAUGAAAUCUCUACUACAAAAACUCUUCUUCCCCCUUGCAUCCUUGUGGAAGCAAUUUGAAAUCAUUGUGCACACACUAGAUGUGGGAGACUGUUAUUUAAGCUAUGAUAAUUUAAAAUAGGUGGGUUAUUUACAUAUGUGAAGAAACAUCAGCAUGUGAGUAACCAAACUAGCAAUUAAAUUGCUAGCCAUGUUACUCAGAAGAAUUGUAAAAUAUAAAUAGUUCUUUCAAACCAAAUAAAAGUUUUUGCCUACAAGA